CCCGGCGCCUGCGCGCCGCUCCGCCCGCCCCCUGCCCGCUGUCAGGAUGAGGCGGAGGCGGCGGAGGCCCGGCCCGGCAGCUCCCGUCUUUCGCAGCGGCUCCUGGCGUAGCGGUUUCAGCCCCCGCGCCGCUGCCUGAGGGGAGCGGGGGAGGCCGGCGGAGCCAUGGCCCAGCCCGGGGCUGCGCCGCACGCAGACGCUGCUCUUCUGCAACGGCUAGCAGAAUUGGAAAAAGUCAAUGCAGAAUUUCUGCGUACAAAGCAGCAGCUUGAGCAAGAAUUUAAUCAAAAGAGGGCAAAAUUUAAAGAGUUAUACUUGGCUAAGGAAGAGGACCUGAAAAGGCAAAAUGCAGUACUGCAAGCAGCACAAGAUGAUCUAGGACAUCUACGGACACAACUAUUGGAAGCCCAGGCUGAAAUGGAGAACAUCAAAGCCAUAGCUACAGUUUCUGAGAAUACGAAGCAGGAAGCUAUUGAUGAGGUGAAGAGGCAGUGGCAAGAAGAAGUCGCUUCACUCCAAGCAAUUAUGAAAGAAACUGUUCGUGACUAUGAGCUCCAGUUUCAUCACAGGCUGGAGCAAGAGCGAGCUCAGUGGGGCCAAUACCGGGAAAACGUUGAAAGGGAAAUAGCAGAGUUGAGAAGGAGGCUAUCUGAAGGUCAAGAAGAGGAAAAUCUAGAAAAUGAAAUGAAAAAGGCCCAAGAGGAUGCUGAGAAGCUUCGUUCAGUCGUGAUGCCUAUGGAGAAAGAGAUUGCAGUUUUAAAGGAAAAACUAACAGAAGCUGAAGAAAAGAUAAAAGAACUGGAGGCUUCAAAGAAAUCAAAUAUACUGAAAUUCCCAAAAGAUCCAGAGUAUUCAGGAGCUACAAGAAAGGUUAAAGAACUGAACCAUUACCUGGAAGCUGAGAAGUCAUGUCGGACAGAUUUGGAGAUGUAUGUGGCUGUUCUGAAUACUCAGAAAUCAGUCUUGCAAGAAGAUGCUGAGAAAUUACGGAAAGAACUUCAUGAAGUCUGCCAUCUGUUAGACCAAGAGCGACAACAGCAUAACCAGUUGAAACAUACCUGGCAGAAGGCCAAUGACCAGUUCUUGGAGUCUCAGCGUUUGUUGAUGAGGGACAUGCAACGGAUGGAAAUCGUUCUGACCUCUGAACAGCUCCGACAAGUUGAAGAACUGAAAAAGAAGGACCAGGAAGAUGAUGAACAGCAGCGACUUAGCAAAGGGAAGAAACAGAAACAACAAGAUCCAGAUGAUGAAACAAAAGUAGUAUGCUCUCUAACCCAUGAAGAAUCCCUUACACAGUUCCUUAAUGAAGAGGUACAUUUAAAUAGCACCCAUGGAUCAGUCCAUUCAUUAGACACAGACUUGCUAUUAUCUUCUGGUGAAUCUUUCAAUAAAUCAGACAAUGAUCUGUUUAAAGAUGGACUUCGGAGAGCACAGUCUACAGACAGCCUGGGGACAUCAGGAUCUUUACAGUCCAAAACUUUAGGAUACAACCACAAAGCAAAAUCUGCUGGGAAUCUGGAUGAAUCUGAUUUUGGACCACUAGUUGGAGCAGAUUCAGUGUCUGAGAACUUUGAUACUGCCUCUCUUGGGUCUCUGCAAAUGCCAAGUGGAUUCAUGUUAACCAAAGAUCAGGAAAAAGCAAUCAAAGCAAUGACACCAGAGCAAGAAGAGACUGCUUCUCUUCUCUCCAGCGUUACACAGGUUGUAGAAAGUGCUUAUGUGUCUCCUAGUGGUUACCGCUUAGUUAGUGAGACAGAAUGGAAUCUACUUCAGAAGGAGGUGCAGAAUGCAGGAAACAAGCUGGGUAGACGUUGUGAUAUGUGUUCGAAUUAUGAGAAGCAAUUACAGGGAAUCCAGAUUCAGGAGGCUGAGACAAGAGAUCAGGUGAAAAAGCUGCAGGUGAUGCUGAGGCAGGCUAAUGACCAGCUGGAAAAAACAAUGAAAGAUAAACAGGAGCUGGAAGAUUACAUGAAACAAAGCACUGAAGACUCUGCCACUCAGAUAUCUUCACUUAUUAUUAGAUCUCAGGAGUCUGAGACCUUACUCAGUGAAUUACAACAGGCAUUUUCCCAAGCAAAGAGAAGUGUUCAGGAGCAAAUGGCUGUCCUGAUGCAGUCGAGGGAGCAGGUCUCAGAAGAGUUGGUGAGACUGCAAAAAGAUAAUGAAAGCCUUCAGGGAAAGCAUAGCUUGCAUGUGUCUUUACAGCAAGCUGAAGAUUUCAGUCUGCCAGAAUCAAUGGAGGAACUCCGUGAGCUGGUAUUAAAAUAUCGUGAAGACAUUCUUAGUGUACGGACUGCAGCAGAUCACCUUGAAGAAAAACUGAAGGCAGAAAUUUUAUUCUUAAAAGAACAGAUUCAGGCUGAACAGUGUCUAAAGGAAAAUUUAGAAGAAACUCUACAGCUGGAGAUAGAAAAUUGCAAAGAAGAAAUAGCUUCCAUUUCUAGCCUAAAAGCUGAAUUGGAAAGAAUAAAAGUGGAAAAGGAACAGUUGGAGUGCACCUUGCAGGAAAAACAGCAGCAGCUGGAGAGUCUUCAGGAAAUGAAAAACACUCUUGAAGAACAGCUAAAGAAGGAAACCACUGCAAAGACUAACCUUGAACAGUUGAUGUUUGAAGAAAAGAACAAAGCUCAGCGACUGCAGACUGAAUUAGAUGUCAGUGAGCAAGUACAGAGAGACUUUGUAAAGCUUUCUCAGACCCUUCAGGUGCAGUUGGAACGGAUCCGGCAGGCAGAUUCCUUGGAGAGAAUCCGUGCAAUCCUGAACGACACAAAACUGACAGACAUUAAUCAGCUUCCUGAAACAUGACACCCUGAUGGGCAGGGCUCCAAGGCUGCCUUCGGGGCUUUUAACUCCUCUUUAUAGCAACAUUAAUUAUUUAACUCUAACUGAAAGAGCAGAUGAUGACAGAGGGGAGCAAUGACUGAGUUUGUUUCUAGAGGGGAGAAGGUUUUGCACAGGGCAGGAAGAGAGAACCAGGGAGCCUUGCAGUGUAGAAGAGCAUUUUCUAAUGGGAACACUAAUGGGUGCAGUGGUGUUUUCCAUGGUAAGUGGAAACAAGUCCUUCACAUUCUGAAAAAUAUUUUUUUUUCCUUUUGGCCAACUUCUUAACCUAAUAUAGAGAUCUGGAAUAUUCCCCCCAAAUACUGUGAUCAAAGUAGCUGCUGGAAAUCCUGUUGUCCCUCAAAACACAUUGAAGAGCAAAGUGAUUGAAGUUUUUCUGUUUUGAAUAGUCAGUAACAGUAUUCAGCUAGCAGACAGCCUGAGGUGUAGUGUGCUGUAUGAAUAUUUUAUAUUAAAAUAUGAAUUUAUUAGCAGGACACUGGAUAUUGAUCUUCUUUCCUAACUCAGUGCUUUUUUUAAAACUUUUAGUUUUUGUUGAACAAUCUGAAUGCUGUUGAAAUGUGAUGGAUAUGAGUGAGCUGUGCGUCUCAGGAACGGAUCAGUAAAGAAGGGACUGCAAAGUAAAAUUCUGGGGUUAAAGAAAUGCACUAUUUAAUACCUCUUCUUCACAGGUUUAAUUUAAAAAAUGGAACCAUAACUGAUCCUUUCUCAAUUUUAGAACGGAGGUGUUGCUAGUCCCAUAUUUGUGUUAAGACUGUUAACAAAACUCUGUGUACCAUUUAAGCAACAUAUAGGGCAUUUGCACAUCAUCUCUGCUGGGAUGAACGUCACUCUGUGUGAACUAGCUUUUACCCAGUGUAAAUUGUAGUUGAAAAAGAAAGAUGAUUCUGAAUUAAGGAAAAAUUCAAAGUCUCUCACAUGCCACACGCAUCAGUCUGUAUCGCAUAGCACAAAAGCAGCCUGAACUGCGUGAUGCUGCAGGUUUUGUUCAAGUGCAGUGCAUCUCAAAUAUGGUGUCCAGAUAUUGCUUAAAACAGAGGCAAAUAACUCAAAUCCUACUCUGACCCUUAACUACACACUAAGGUAACACUAUGCAACGAGACUGUGAUGUUCUACACAGGUGCUAGGUUUGGGUUUCUUGUCAUACAAAACAGUAUUAUAACAUGACUUUAAAAAAAAAAAAUAAUUCCAUGCAGGAGAUCAGAUGAUGAUGGCUUAUCUGCCACUGUACUACUAAGUGUUGCAAAUUCUGAAUAUUUGGACUGGCCUCUGCGAUAACUGAACUAGCUCUAACCUUUGAGAGGAACGGAAGUUGUCAGUUGAUCAGUGUUUCAGCCUUUACUAAUGAAAAGGUUAGUAGGAAUAUACUUUCUGAAUAUUAACAUUGAGCAUCCACAAUUCUUAAGUGGGCAUAUGUACUAUAUUGUGUGUACACACUUGAAACAUUGGGCCUGUGUUUGGCAGCAGGAGUCACAGGAAAAGCAACAGUUUAUAUCCCCUUAAAUUAGCUAACCUUCUACAAUGCAGUGGUGGUGGUGUGGGUCCCAAGAUAAAGGUGGGUGAGGUAAUUUUCGUUUUAUUGAACCAACGUCUGUGUGUUGGUGAGAGCUUGUUUCCACGAAAAGAUAUUACCUCACCCACCUUAUGUUGCUAAUGUUCUACUGGUACUUAAACCUGGUAGCAGUGCUUUAAGGAGGGCAGCUCUUUUAUGUGAACUGGAAUAAAUAGAACAUUAAAUUCUUUGUAGCACCUAGUAGCCUGGCACAAAAAUAAUUAACUUUUGAGGUGAGGUUGCUAGGCUGCAUAUCCCAAACUGGAAGAAAGCAAGGAAAUAAUCAUUCAACAUCUUUUCUGCACUGAAUCACUUCCUCUUCUCAGCCUCAACUCUGCUCAUUGUUUUCACUGAAAUGGCUUUCAUGUACUGCAUUUCAUGUAGCUGUGAUGCCUUGCUGCAGUCUUCAGGACAAGUGAGUGGGUGAGCGGUCAUAAAACUAAUAUAGAAAUUACAGAAUGGAAACUUGCAUGUUGGUGUACUAAAUUUUUAUAGCCUGGAAAGGUGGCUGCAUGUAGAAUUAGGAUGAGAGUAGGGGUACACAGGCUCUGGAAGGGGAACUAAAUGAUUAAUCUUUGCUUUUACAGAUUGUAUUGUGUGAUUCAGUUCAGCAACCUCACUUCAGGUUUUUGUGUUUCACAGACAGCUAUGAAUACUGAUGUAUUAUUUUCCAGUCUCACUUUGCUACUCCAUGUUCCCUUUCCCUACCUUGAUCUUCUUUCAAACUAUUAGGUACCAGUGUUUAAAGGUAGAGUGUAGUAUGGGCAUGGGCUCCUUACUGCACACUCUGCCUAUGUGCAGGAUAGAGUGAGUCCAAAAACAAAAGGCUUCUAGCUUUUGUCGAAUGGCAAAGAUGAAGUGGUUGACUGCAGUUCCAACAACUAAGCUUAGAGAACUAGACUGUCAAAAAACAGAGCCCCUAUAGCUGAGCUGCUGUUAGACUGUGGGGAUAGUGCUGGUUUAGCCAGAAGAACCCAAAGGUGUGAGAAAAGUAAGACACUAAAAUUUCUUCAGGAAAAGUCAAACACAGAAAACUCAGGUGCCCUCUGGAGAGCUGUCUGCCAAAGGUGGGGACUGAAUUCACAAUACAAACAAAGCAUCAUCAUUUUGGCAUGAGUACCACUGUAUCAGGAAAAUUAUCCCUCUAUUAUAGAAGCUCCUGGAAUCAAUUUGAUGUGAGGGUGGUUAGUUUUACUGUUCUAGCUAACAUGCAACCUGGUACACAGCAAAAAAAUGUAAUUUAGAAAAUGGACUGUUCAGUGUAGACUGUAAAAUGAAAAAUAUUCAGUGAGUUUCAUAAACUAUUCCUAAUACUUGUGUAGUUUUAAUCUGUGCAACUAGAAUGUUUUUUGCAGCAUGUCUAGUACCCUCCUUUCCUUAAAGGCUUUAUUUUGGCACUUCUGCAUGUGCCCUUGUCAAGUAGUGCAGUACUACUUCUUAAACCUUAGCUUGACCAUGUCACUUUUAGCGGAAGCAGGGUAGAAGUCAAGCAUCCAUAGUCAGUCCCUUGAAGUCUUCCUGAAGUAGACAUACAACUGGCCUCUCCAUUCUCUCUUUUGAUAAAGGCAAACUGAGUGUUUGGAAGUGAAUACUGCAUUUCAGUGGUAUCCUGUGCAAUUGUGGAUGUAGAAUUCUGCUGUAACCAUUUGUUAACUGUAUUGAAGGUGUGUCCUUAUGAAGAAAGUGUUCCAAAUUAAACAAAAGCUGCUGAA